GUCACGAGAUGCGGAUGUGCAUGCGCAAUCGGAGUGUGAGCAGCCGGAGGAAGGCACCGCCGAGUGGUGUGAACCACGUUAGCAUGGCAGAAAUGUCUGCUCAAGAUUUGCAGCACCGUGCCAACCAGGUGACAGAUGAGUCGCUGGAGAGUACCCGGAGGAUGCUGCAGUUGGCAGAGGAGAGCAGGGAUGCUGGUGGUAAGACCCUAAUCAUGCUGGAUGAACAGGGAGAACAACUGAAGCGUAUUGAUGAGGGGCUGGAUCAGAUCAAUCAGGACAUGAAAGAAGCAGAGAAAAACCUGACUGAGCUCAGCAAGUGUUGUGGCCUCUGUGUGUGUCCCUGCAGCAGAGUGAGAAAUUUUGAGAUGGGGGACAAGUACAAGAAAGCCUGGACAAGCAAUGCUGAUGGAAACACAGGCAGAGUGGUCUCCAAUCAACCAAGCAAGUCACAGAACAACCAUGAAAUGGCCAAGCAGAGUGGUGACGAAGCUUACAUCAAGAGGAUAACAAAUGAUGCACGAGAAGACGAGAUGGAAGACAACCUGCAACAAGUGGGCAGUAUCAUUGGAAACCUGAAAAAUAUGGCGAUUGACAUGGGCAACAACAUAGAGUCUCACAACAAGAAAAUUGAAGACAUCGCUGAGAAGGCGGAUGUUAACAAAGCUCGGAUUGAUGAAGCCAAUGAGAGAGCAAACAAGCUCAUCAAAAAGUAAUGCGGAGCCCAUGAAACUCACCUCUGAAUUUACAGCUUCACACUAGAGCCUGAUUUCCAUGUGAGUCACUGUCUUGUGCCUCCACAUCUCAAUUUCUCCUAUCAACGCAUCUCCUUGAAAUUAUAAUUGUAAGAUGUUCCAAGUGGCUCACAUCAUUAUUGACUAUGUACAGCUUCCCAGCCAGACUGCAACCACAACCACCCUCAGUGACCUGUAUAGACAAGUUACUGAUUUCUCAAAUGUUCUUGUGGCUACAUGUUCCACAGGGAACCUUGGAUGUAAUGGUGUCGGAAAGAGAACCUCUGGAAAAAUACUAAUCCAUACCUCUACUGCAGCAGACACACUUCUGAUCAGUUCCCCAUACCUUGUCUUCCUCUAUCCUGGCCAUCUUUAUGACUAUUGCUUAUGUAUAUUCUCCACCCCACACCUGUCAGUCAGUCUCCCUGCAUCCCUUCCCACAAUUACCAUCAUUUAAGCUGCUGUUGACAACUGCCAUCCUAUCUGAUUGGAAGAGAAUGAGAAACUGGAGAAAGGGCUGGACACUUUUCCUGCAGUAGUGUUCCAGAGACUCCCAACUAAAGGAAUGGUGCCCUGUAAUUCAGAUACCUCGUCUCAAAAUGGACCAUCGUCUGCACACCAUUUCUCUCUUCACAAUUCUUGUACUUGCUACUGUGACACCCAUGCUAGUUUUUUUAAAUAAGGGACUUCUCUAAACUAAAAAAAAAAUCCAAGUCCUUUCCCUCAUAAUUAAAGAAUGAUCCAAGCUCCGAUUAGUUAUCUCCACAACUGUCUCCAUUGAGAGUUUCAGGCACUGGCUGUACAUGGUGCUAAUGCAGUAAGUCGCCUUUAGAAGGGGCAUGUAUGCUCUGCUAGUUGGGUGAAGCUGGCUUUCCCCUUGGACAAAAUUCUCUACACAAAGCUUAUGUUUAUCAGGGACCUUACUUCAUUACUUAUUAGUGAGUUGUGUACAGUGAGUAAAAUAUAUUGCACAUUUAAUCAUUUUUCUCCAACUGAGUGUAUUGGGAAAUGUUUAAUAAUGUGAAAUGUGAUCACAAACUUUAUCCUUUCACCUUCACCUGUCUCAAUACUUUUUCUAAAAUAAAGAUGCAUAUUCUCCCCUGUAGUUGUUGUAAUUGAAAUUCAAUUCAGAGCAUUAUUAUAUACAAGGCAGGAGAAUGGGGCAGCCCAAGCAAACUUUACUUUGUUCCCUCCAUUCUGCUUUUUCACAUCAAAUUAGGAAACAGGAAUAGGAAUAGGAUCAAAAUAUUUGCACACGAAUGACAAAUGGUAACCCUGUCUCAUCAACAAGUGUUUACACAAGGGAUAAAGGUUGCAAUUACAUCUUGAAACUGAGCCUUGACAGAAUGGCAGAUGCCCCAGGUUGCCAACAGUGAAGAGUGUGGGAGAUAGCUGACCAUUCACACUCUUGGUCAGAUUAUACCCCUCAAGGUAGUGUGCACAGUGCUGAAGAGAUCAAAAAAGCAACAGUGUCUUGGGAGUGAGUAAAGCCAAAUGCCCUCAUUUAGCAGCAGCUUAAAGUAGAGUGUGUAGUGUCUUAUAAAACCAUCAGCUUAACUGCAAAACAGAUAAGGAAUUCAUGUCCAUUUCUCCUACAACAUAGUAGAGGUACUUCCACUCCCGUGGCCUAACAAGCUACUAUAUUGUUUAACCAGCCAUCGAUGGACCAGCCCGUUGUCC